AUGGAACUCUUACCUGAGCAGAGCAAACCCCCGGGAGGGCACCCUCUCACCCGCUGUCAUCGGACCAUCUUCAGCAACAUUAAGGUGUUUGUGCUUUGUCAGGGUCUCCUCCAAUUGUGUCAGCUCCUCUACAGUGCCUACUUCAAGAGCAGCCUUACCACCAUUGAGAAACGCUUUGGCCUCUCCAGCUCUUCUUCUGGCUUUAUCUCCAGUUUAAAUGAAAUCAGCAAUGCCAUCCUCAUCAUCUUUGUCAGUUACUUUGGCAGCCGAGUCCACCGGCCCCGGGUCAUCGGCAUUGGAGGCCUCCUGCUGGCCACAGGAGCUUUCCUUCUCACCCUCCCCCAUUUCCUCUCAGAGCCAUACCAGUAUUCCUCUAUUGCUGGGGGAAACAUCAGCCAAUCCCAGGAUAUCUGCCAUAGGAAUAAGCCAGACCUCAUUCCAAAUAAGUGCCAGAACGUUUUUCGGGAUCCCAGGAAGGAGACCAGUAGCAUGUGGGGCAUGAUGGUGGUGGCUCAACUCUUGGCUGGAAUUGGGACAGUUCCCAUUCAACCUUUUGGUAUCUCCUACGUGGAUGAUUUUGCCGAACCAAAUAACUCACCUUUAUACAUCUCAAUUUUAUUUGCCAUUGCUGUGUUUGGACCAGCUUUUGGGUACCUGCUGGGGUCGGUUGUGCUACAGAUCUUUGUCGAUUAUGGAAGGGUCAACACAGAGGCCGUGAACCUGAGCCCUGGAGAUCCGCGAUGGAUCGGAGCCUGGUGGCUGGGCCUGCUCAUCUCCUCAGGCUGCUUGGUCAUCAUAUCUUUCCCAUUUUUUUUCUUCCCAAGAAGCAUGCCCAGAGGAGAGCAGAUAUCCAAUGCUACAGUGGAUGAGAUGAGGAAGAUAGAAGAAACCAAGCCCAAAGGCUCCAUGGCAGAUUUCAUUAAAAGGUUUCCCCGCAUUUUCGUGAGACUUCUGAUGAACCCCCUGUUUGUCUUGGUGGUCAUGACACAGUGCAGCUUCUCCUCAGUCAUUGCUGGCCUCUCCACCUUCCUCAACAAGUUCCUGGAAAAACAGUACGGGACCACUGCAGCCUAUGCCAACUUUCUCAUCGGUGCUAUUAACCUCCCAGCAGCUGCCUUGGGGAUGCUGUUUGGGGGCAUCCUUAUGAAACGUUUUGUUUUCUCCAUUCAAACCAUCCCCCGUGUGGCUACGGUCAUUCUCACCAUCUCCAUGACACUCUGCCUUCCCUUGUUCUUCAUGGGUUGCCCUACACCAACCAUUGAGGAGGUUAACUCAAUAAGAACACCAAGUUCUAUAAAUCGGGCACCACUAGAAUGUCGAAAGGAGUGCUCAUGUCCUGAUUCCAUCUUCCACCCUGUCUGUGGGUCCAAUGGGAUAGAGUACAUCUCCCCCUGUCAUGCUGGUUGCAUGGACUUCAACAUCAGCUCUGUGAAUUCAAAACAAGUGACCUAUUUCAACUGCACCUGUAUCCCCGGGGUAACCUCUUCAGCAAAGACAGGGUCCUGCCCAAUCCCCUGCGCCCACUUCCUGCUCCCUAUGAUCUUCCUCAUCUCCUUCGUCUCCUUGAUUGCCUGCAUUUCCCACAAUCCUCUCUACAUGAUGGUCUUGAGGGUAGUGAAUCAGGAAGAAAAGUCAUUUGCUAUAGGCGUCCAGUUCUUGCUGAUGAGGCUGUUGGCCUGGCUGCCCUCUCCAGCCCUGUAUGGCCUCACUAUUGAUUACUCCUGCAUCCGGUGGAACACGUUGUGCUCAGGGAAGAAAGGGGCCUGCGCUUAUUAUGACAACGAUGCUCUUCGCAACAGUUAUCUGGGACUGCAGAUGGGCUACAAAGCCCUAGGCUUACUGCUGCUCUUCUUCAUCAGCUGGAGGGUGAAGAAAAAUAAAGAAUAUAACGUACAGGAAAAAGCAUCUGGGCUGAUUUAGCAUUCUUCAUUUACCCCAGCUAUGACUUCCAGAAGAACUGGACUCCGAGCUGCCUCCCUCUCCCAACCCCAGCUCCCCAAAACUCAUAUUUACUAAAGUUAAUAGUUUUUCUUUUUUCUUUUUUUUUUGGUAACUGGGAAGGAAAGGAGAAAAACCGACCCUUUUCUACUUUUUCGAAAACUUGCUCUACUUAACUGAGCUCUAUAAAUGUAUAUCUGAUCUGUACUAUCAUAUAACUCUUGGCCAAGGAUUCUUCAGCUUUCAUGGGACAUGGAGCCAAGGGCUAGCCCCUUAUUCAGAACUCUGACCUCAACAGAGUGUCUGUCAACCAGUCACUUCUCAGGAUCUGACCAGGACUCUCCACUUAGGGCAUUCUGAUGUCCAGAGAAAUAGAGCUUGGGCCCCCAAAGAAGGCAAUUGCAACAUAAGGCACAGUUGGAGACUCUAACCACCCAGGAUACAGAACACUGACCUUCUUUCUGGGCCAGGGGCCAGGGACCAUGUGGAGAAAUACUUUGCUGGUAACACAGAGUGGUUAUUUCCUUUUCUAAAAGAGAUAAAGAAAGGACUAUGUUGAUUUUUUUUUGCAAGUAGUCUCUUGGGACUUAAUAUUUUGGCCGUUAUAGGUGCUUGGAACAUGCUAUGUCCAAAGACUGGAAAGAGAAAGGAAGUUGUGUUGGAGGUAGGAACAAUGGAUGGAACUAGGAGCAAGUAGACACAGAGUGGCCGAUGCUGGUCCCUCUCAUCCUCAGGAAAUGUUGGAGCCUCCACUGCCCAGUGGAGCCAUUCUUGGUGACUUUACACUCUUCUGAUCUACUCUUAGCCAACCCAACCAGGAGCCCAGGAAAGAAAGGUGACCGGUCCCUCAACAUUCUUGGCCCCAAAGUGCUUCUGAUAGUCUCCAAUAGAGGUCAUUUUAGAAACUGGAAUGAGAUGGGUCUCAUGCUAGCCUGUUAUCCCUCAUCAUUCUCACUGAUGGAAUUCAGCAGAAGCACAGAUAAUCCUCCAUGAUGGAUUGUCCAAAUAUGAAGUGUCAAUGUCAAGGCCAAUUUUGUAUUUACAUGGUUUUAUUUGUAUCUGAUGUUCUGGGAAUUCACCUCAAACCAAAGAACGAUGCCAUGUUGUGGUGAAGACGUGAAGUGGAGCGGAAGAAGUGUCUACUUUCCCUCCCUGCCCUCCAUCACCUGACACAUCAGUUCAUUCCAAUCGCGCUUUCAUUUGGAAGAAACAACUCCUCCUCUAGAGUGAGAGGAGAAAGGAGAACACUCUCAUAAAGCACCUGCUUUAGCAGGGCUAUGCCUUUUCAAAUCUUCUUUGGACCAGGGCAGGGAGCUGAGUCUGCGGUGCAAAGGCCUCUCUUCCCAUCAGGCUGCACAGAAAAAUGAAGAAAGAAACAGAGCAAAUACAAGAUGUUAAUGAAGUGAGUGGUCUGUUUGAGGGCUAGUAACCUCAAAAGGCAGUAGCCCUAAAAGGAAAAUCUGCUCUGACAAACUGUAAUAUAGAUACGUCACCCUCACUGGCAUUGAGAGUUGACUGUACUUAUCUUCAAGUAUAUUUGUAAUUAUAAACAUAUUUAAAACCA